GGCCUUUCUGCAACGGAGCACAAAUUUUGCAAUGAAUAACAUGGUGGAGAUUGGUACGAUAAUCGAAUGAGAAAUAUGAAUCUUUACGGCCCCUGGGCGAUGAAUGAGGAGGCUCUCCAUAUUACACCAACCCGCGCCGCUUACUCCCUUUUCCGAGGAGUCUAAAAUAGUCUGAAUAACUCUAUCUCAAGUUCCCACCAAGCUAACCAUGAUUGAAAAGAAAGCUUAAAGACGCUCUCGGACAUCUUGGUGGUCCGGCAAUAACAAAUUUGAAGAAAAUUAUUCUACAGGGUCCACGAAAUGCCAAGGAGUCUGGUAACUUUCCCGAGAGGUGUCUGCCUCGAUCCCUGUAUUCGGUCAGGAUGACAGAAGGACCUUGUCAGUAAACUUCUUACCCCUACCCCCUUACAUAGACCCAGGUAUCUGAUAUGCACGGAAUCAUAUUACGUUGGAACCCGGGGUAUAGCCAAUGAAAAUUUCCCAUGCAGUUGUGGGCGAGCCAUAUACUCUUUGCGGAAGUUGUCGUAAGCCGGUUAACCAAUCGUAUUUUUAAAAGGACUAUAAGGGCUACUACCGUAUGGAUAGCCUUCGCCUCAGCUUUGUGUGAAUACUACUCGCCUUGCUUCGAGUCUCAGCAACAACAAAAUCCGUCAUGGCUGACGAGACGGACUAUGUCACGACGCUUUACGCGGUCUCUUGGGUGCUCGGCUCGAUAAUCAUAAUCGUUUGCACUGCGAGAAUUUGCGGAAGAGCCUUUAUUAUUCACCAAGCUGGAUGGGAUGAUUUCUUUAUGGUUCUUGGGGCGCUGGCCGCAAUCGUUUGUUCUUCGCUCGUUACUGUUGGUGCAUCCCAUGGUCUAGGCAAGCAUACGAAAGACAUCAAAGACCCUCACGAUCUCUCCGAAGCCAUCAAAUACACUAUUAUCGCUCCCACUUUGUCUAUCAUUUCUUCGACAUGUAGCAAAAUUUCGAUUAUUAUCUUCCUUGUACGGCUUAUGGGGGUUACGGCGAAGAGAUGGCAACUGUUUACCCUUUGGGGUUUAUCUAUUGUCAUGGUCGCGUUAAACAUUUUGGCGAUCGUAGUUAUUGUCCGCUUCUGCGAUCCUCCUGCGAAACAAUGGGAUCCGUCUCUUCCAGGAACAUGCCCAAGUAUAAGCCCACAAUUCCAGAGCGUUGCUGGUACCGUCCAAGCGGCGUAUAAUGCUUUCAUCGACAUUGUGGUAGCGAUUUUCCCGACGUUAGUUAUCACGAAACUCAAUAUUACCCGCAAGAUGAAGAUUGGCUUGUGUUUCUUGAUGGGUGGAAGCAUUUUUGCGGCCGUUGCUACCAUCGUAAAAGUAUAUCUCAUCGAACAAAAUCUAGACAACCACGACGAUAUCACAUUUGCCUGGGCUUCUAUAACAUUAUGGUACACUGCUGAGAUGGACGUCCUUACUAUUGUCGGUACUGCCCCAGCACUGUGGCCUCUAUUCAAGAUAUUCGCGAGUCGAAACGGCAGUUACGGCAGUAAUUACGGACCGUACAAGAAUGCCUCGGGCCACCCUGAACCGCUUGAGGGGUCAGAAGCCUUCCAGCUAUCGAACUCGAAGAGUUCGAAAAUUAGAGGGCCGGCUACGAGAGCCCUUCAAGAGGUGGAUGAUAUGCGAACAAAGGUGGAUGAUUGUGAAGCAUGAUCUGCAUUGGCAUAAAGUAUCGGGUAUGGGAUUUCAGGAGUAAAAAAAGGACAUUAGGAGAGGGUAUACGAGCACGGCGCGACGAUACAUAUUCGCGUGCAACAAACAAGAGAAUUCUAAGGUCGACAUAUAAGCUAUGGGAAGAGCCUUUCGGAGGCAACUGCCCAAGUCUGUCUUCCUCAUCCGCAGAGUAUUGCCGGUAGUAAUUCAACUCGUGUCUCCCUCAUCGACGCCUCACGCUUGAUUGAACCUAGGGCUGUUCUUCCUGUGGAUAGAGUACAGCAUAUGCGACUUUGUGGGGAUAUUCAAACCACUAUUAACCUUAUCACUGUAUUAUUUAGCAGAACCUUGGUUAUUUCGGUGGCUGGCUCCCGGUAGGAUAGUAACAUUCAAAAUACUGAAGUUGAAUUUCACUAAUAAGACAGCCCGACCACCAAUACGUUUAAUCCGGGGUAUGCCACACCACAUAUCCUAACUGUAAGAAUCGCUACUCCGUAAAUGAUAAAAUAUCUAUGUUGGCCAAAUAAAAUAAAGACUGGAAUAGAGGAUCUCACCGAAACCCGAUGUCCUUAGCAUAGCGUGUUUGAAUUCCGAAUUCCGAAUCCCGGUG